ACCUGGCCGCUAGCCGUUGUGCUUCUCGUCAGUAUACCUGAGGCGCGCACAGAGGACGGGUGGAUUGAUCCUCGCUCCUGUUUGGCUGUGAUAGUUGAUAGUGGUUGUGAUGCGGUGAUAUACAACGUACAUGUGUGUGCCCUCUGCUCCAGUGCACAGUAGAUGAUAGAGGCCCCGAGGAGCCCCAGUGGAGGUGGUGAACGAGUGUGUGUGUAGUGGCGUGAAGGCAGAGUGGCGCAGCAAAGUUGGAGUAGUACUGCAGAGACUUCAAUAGGCCAUGUGCAAGUGUUCCUUUGUGCUCGCGGCCUGCCUCACGGUGGCCUGCCUCGCCGCGGCCACCUCGGCGCAGGAAUACGUCGACGAUCCAAAUCGUACUGACGAUGCAGCGCUUAGUGCCAGAAGUGAAAAACCGUCAAUGAUCUUCGACACCACUGAGGUUGUGGUGAACCCCGGCGAUCCUCUCAACCUGGAAUGUGGCUUGGAUGGAGAAUUUCGCCACUGUAUCUGGAUGCACGAGCCCGAUAUCUAUCAGGUUCUAGAUGUGUACAGCAAUAUGUAUCCAGGCCUUAGAGAGCCAGAAAACAAGGAGAACAACCAGUGUGGUAUUAUUGUGGACUCCGUGAACAUCAAGCACCAUGGGGUGUGGACGUGUAGAGUGUUCGUGCCAGGGGAUUCCUUGAGUGACUCCAAGAAAGUGGUGGUAACAAUUCAACCAACAUCACCACUCAUAAUGAUUGACACCUCAAGAUUGGAGGUGGUCACCACAGAGGAAAGGUCUGUGGUGUGCUCAGUGGAAAUAGCAAGGCCAGCCGUUGGCAUGAAGUGGUAUCUUGGCGAUGAAGACAUUACAAAGAUGUCGGAGAAUGUGGAAACCCUCACUGAUGAUCAGGGCAGCUACAAGAGUGUAUCCACCCUGAGCAGAAGAUUCCUCCCAAAGGACGAUGAUAAGACCCUGAUGUGCAGCAUCACCCACAAGACACUUCCCAGUGGUGCAAAUGCUUCCGUCCCUGUCGCUGUAAUGUUUAAACCAAUUGAGAAGGACGUUACCACCUUCUACCAGAUCCAGCUUGGGAGUAACUACGAAGUUAAAUUCAACUUCUCUUCCAACCCUAAACCUCAUGGUGUGAUGUGGAAGUUUGGAGAUAAUCUUGAUGUUGCUGAGGGGCCUCUGGUCAUUCCUGAAAGUCAAGGACGCUAUAGGACAUUCUUGGAGGAACUUGGCAGUAACAUGUACACUGCCAAGCUUGUUAUUGAAGAAUUCACAUUAGAAGACUCCCAGAAGAAAUAUUCCUUGCUGGUGGGAAAUGAUAUCGGAGAGACCGAAUACCAGAUCAGGCUCUCUGUACAUGAACCUCCCAAAGAUGGUGUCUCUGAAACAAGCAACCAUGCCAAAAUUCCACCCACAGAGUUAUCAGUGUCUGAUAUUGAGACAGAGUCAAACAACCUGAGUGGAGGAGCCAUCGCAGGCAUCAUCAUCGUGGUGGCGGUGGUGGUGGUGGCCAUUGGGGCAGCGGGCUACGCACGUUAUCGCCAGAUGUUCUGCUUUGCACCCAUCGGCUCGCCAGAUCCCGAGGCCAAGGACAUCAGAGAGGAACACAGCGACACAGAGAGUGCAAGAGGCCAUGCUGCCACCCAUCCUGCCUCCCUCAAAGACAAACUUGGACAGUUUACAAAGGUCUUCAAAAAGCCAAAGACUGACCAGGAUGUAAAGAUGGAUGAUGUGGAGAAGAGAUCUCUCACUACAGAUGAGAUCAAGAAGGAAACAAGCAACAAGGAGCAUAAUCCAGAAGAGAAAGAGCUUUCCGAGGUCACUCAACUGCCUGAGGAAACUGGUAUUUCACACACUUACUGCCAAGUAAAAUCUCAUUAUGGGGAAAAUCAAGGACGACCACUCUCAAAUGAAAUAAUGUAUUGUCAUACAGAAGGAAUACUUCCUGAAGAAACAAUUAUCCCACAGAUCAAAAUUGAACCUAAUGGGUUUGAAAUGAAAGAGGUGGUUUAUGCUGAACUGGACCUCAGUAAGGGAGAAGCUGAGAAGAAAGCUGAUGUAAAGACAGAUGAGAAAACAGAAUAUGCACAAAUUGUAGGCACCAUUACUGACAACCGGGAAGAUGAAAAAAAAGAGUAAACUGAUGUAACUUGUUACCUUCAAAUUGAUACUGGAAAGGUGAUUCUUUGCAUGAAUUAUCAUCUUAACUGCCUUUGUGAUUUUACAAUCUUAAGCAGCUGGUGUGCUUGUAGCAUCACUGAAUUAUUUUAUAAUUAUUCAUGACGCACCUCACCUAACUUUUUAUACAAAGUAACGGACAAAGACUUUUGGCGUGAUGUUAUGCUAUACAUCCUAGAAAAUAGUCACUUUUAUGAUGUGUGGUUUUGUUUAUUGUCAUUGCAAUAUUGUUCAAGAUUUUAGUUAUUGAGUGAGUUAAUAAUAAGAGUUUCAAGGUCGUACAAUGCAAAUUUUUAUGUUGCUAAAUGUGAUUCUUUAGUAUGGUUGGUCCCACUCUGUGUGGGAUUGCCAGCUUAAUAUAUAGAUAAAUAUUUCAAUGAGGUGAAAAAAUUCCUUUUCAUAAAGACCAAAUUCAAAGUAACAGCUAAACUUUCAAACCAAAGUAGAGAAUGGAGUUGUUGGAGGGUUAAUAAAGAGCUGAACAAG